GGCAGAGCUUCAGUCUCCACUCUCAAGUCAAUGUUAAUCUUCCUUCCCAACCACAACCAGUCGUUGGCGUCGUUUCUUUCUUCAUCAAUUUCUCCUCCAUUUCAAGAAUUUGCAGAAGCAGCGCUCUCUCUCCUACUCGCUUCCGGAUUGUUUUUCCCUCAUCCGCUUGAGUGGCCGCCCGUGCAUCAACCAAAAAUCCCUAGAUGAAUAGAGGAGUUUUGGCAACGGCUGGGUUGGUGCUUCCACCUAUUCUCCUGCACAGGCUAUGGUCGGGAAGAAGAAGUUCCAUCCUCUCAGAAACUAUUGAGGAUGUCUCUCCAGAAAAGGGUUCUAGUUCGCUCCCCCUGCCCAUUGGGGAAUAUGAGGUGUUCUUGAACUUCAGAGGCCCGGACACUCGCCAUCAAAUUACUGAUAUUCUCUACCGGUUUCUUGUUAACUUGAAAAUUCGCACAUUCAAGGAUGAUGAGGAGAUUCGGAAAGGAGAAGCAUUCCCGCCCAGUCUCGCCAAGGCUAUUGAGCAGUCCAAGAUUUUUGUUGCCAUCUUCUCAAAGAACUAUGCUCAUAGCAAAUGGUGCCUUGGAGAGCUUGCUGCAUUUGUCGAGCGGAAAGAGCAAGAGAAGGGUCGCAUCAUACUCCCCAUUUUUUACUUGGUGGAUCCGAGAGAUGUACGGUGUCAAACUGGGCCAUUUGAGAAAGCAUUUCAACAACAUGAGAAGAAGUUUGAUGAAAAGACAAGACAUGUAUGGAAAGAUGCUAUGGCCAAGGUUGGAGCUUUGGAAGGAUGGCACAUCAAAAGCAAUGAUGACUUUGUGGAAAAUAUACGGGGAAGGCUACAACAAAAAGAUGGUGUUGUCAAUUUGCAGAAGCAUAUCAUCUCAGACAUUAUGAGAACGCGAUAUGCCGACUCCAUUGUCAAUAUUGGAGAAGGAAUGAGAAUUCUGAAAGAUAGAAUUUCUUGUUUCAAAUUUCUUAUUGUGCUCGAUGAUGUGGAUGAGGAGUUUGGAUUCAGUGAGAUAUUUGGAAAAAUAGAGCAUAAUGUCUCGGGAAGUAGAUUUAUCGUUACUUCCAGAGACGUAAAAGUCUUGGGUACUUUAACGGAAGAAUCCAAGCUAUAUAGAGUUCGCGAGAUGAAUCAUGAUCACGCACUUCAACUCUUCUCCAAGUAUGCUUUCAGAAAGGAUUCUCCCCCAUCAAGUCAUGAGACUUUGUCGAAAGAUAUCGUGGCUGUUGCAGCAGGACUUCCAUUGACAGUCAAGGUGGGAACAAACCUAGUUGAGGGCAUUAGAUUAAAUGAAUUUUCGGAGGAACUUGGGAAGGAAUGCUUUAUGAAUUUAUCAGAAUUAAGAUACCUUGAUGCAAAAGUGAAGAGUCUUACAGGUGACUGUAGCAUGUACCUUCCAAACUUAAGAUGGCUUCAAUUGAAGAUUAGAACUGGUGAGGUUCUUCCUAAGUUUUCUAUGGAAAACUUGGUUGUUCUUGAACUCUUAAGCCCAAUGAAAGAUGAUUGUGGAAGUUUGAUGCAUAUCAAGAUGGCAAACAAGCUGAAAGUUCUGAAAGUUUUUGGUCACUAUGGCCUGACUUCCUUUCCUGAGUUUCCUCAAUCCCAGAGCCUAGAGAUAUUACAUCUUCUAUAUUUUGGCAGUAUGUCGUCACCUAAGGACCUUGAUAUUGGGAACCUAAGGAACCUAAAUGAGCUACAGUUGCGGAGUUGUAAGGUAAGGAAGAUUAGGGGCGGAACCAUCGGCAUGUUGAAAGGGCUUCGAGUGCUUGAGUUCAGAGAUUUCUAUUGUAGGAAGAAUCUAAGAGAAGUUCUUGCUGAUAUUGGGGUCCUGCAGUUUCUUGAAAUUUUGAGAGUAGACGUGAAAAAUGGUGGGGCAGAAUAUUUGUUCCCCUGGAGGAAUUUGUUGUUGGGGAUUAAGCUUCCAACAAGUUUGAAGGUGUUACGUACCUCAUCUCCUGUUGCUAACCUUCCAGAGCUGCUGGACUUGGAGGAAAUGACAGUUGAAGAUUGUGACACAUUUGGGCUUGAGCUCCCGCCAGCCGAUGGUGAUAGUAAUAUGUGGUGGAAGUUAUCCAAAUUGAAGUCUCUCAAGAUCAAGAGAACAAAGUUGUCUCUCCCAACUAGGCUGUUGCUUCCAUCAUCUCUAACCACUCUCCACAUCUUGGAGUGUCAGGAAUUGGAUUGGCUCCCUAGUUUAGAGAACCUGGAGAACGUGACUCAAUUAAUAAUCUCAUCCUGUCCCCUGAUUAAAGAGAUCCCGGGUCUUGGAAGUCUCCUUUCUUUGACUAAGUUGAGCCUUGUGGGAUGCAAGGCAAUGGAAAGGCUGCCCAGCCUAGCGUCUCUGAGCAAGUUAGAUGAGUUAUUUACAUCCGCUUGCCCUCUUGUCGUAGAGAUCCAAGGGCUUGGAGGGCUGAAAUCGUUGCAACAUCUUACCAUUGAUAGUGCAGAGAAUUUAACCCGUCUCCUUGGCUUUGGAAACCUCUUGUUUUUUAACAAGUUAGAAACCAUAACCAUAACCAACUGCCCUCUUCUCACAUCACUGUCAUUCCAUGACCUUGAUGAUGGUGAUGAUGGCUGCGGUGACUGCCAGCUACCAGCUGUACUCUGCUCUUUACGAUAUCUGUCCAUCAGCGGAACCAUGUUAGUUCUGGAUAUCUUGUGCCAGAUGCUUCAGCUGGCUCAGUUCCCUAGCCUUCUGACAUUCAGUCUUAAGGUGAUGGGGAUUGAUAAUGUAGAUGUGGAGUUACCCCUGGAGUGGAUUGGAUCUAUGGAAAAGCUAGCUGAACUGACUUUGAGUGGCUUGGUCUCAGUUUGGAAACUACCUUUUCUGUCAAAGCUCCGAAACUUAAAGAAGUUAACUAUCGCUGGUGCUCCAAACCUGCAGGAGGUUGAGGAACUUGCUGGUUUGAAAUCUCUGGAACACAUAAAGCUCACUGGCUGCACAUCCUUGCAAAGAUUGCCAGCAGAUGACUUGUCUAGUUUGAAACAGUUGCAAAGCAUAGACAUCAGUGACUGCGCAAAUUUGGCUGAUCAAUUUACUCCGAGAAAAACAAACCUCACUGCACUCAUACGCUGGGAGGCUGUUGUGACGAUGCUCGACCCGGACAUGCUGUGGGACAGGCCAUCUGCAUAA